AUGUUGAAAGUGGUCCACGGGGGCAACUUGGAUCCAGAUGCAGGGAAAGCAAGGCCCGACCAGCUGGUGCUGCCCGAAGACCCAACAUUCGUUCCUGGGCUUAUGCUUCCCGGUUUGAAUGUCGACUUGUCCGCCCUCGAUAUCACAACUGUGCUAGAGACUCCGCGGAAGAUGUCUAGCCUCCUUUCAAGUUAUUUACAUGGGUCGAAUAAAUCAAGCUUUCAAAGAGAAAUUCAAUUGCAACUCUCCUCUUCACAAGUGGGAACUGCUGCCUUUGGCUUACCGAGUCAAAUCAGCAGUGCCCAAAAAGGGCCUCAGGUGGAGCUCCCAGCCUAUUUAGAAGAGGGCGGGGUGUUGUUGCAACCGGAUUUUGAAUUUGAUGCUGAGGGCAACAUUAUUGAGCUGCCACUGAAAGGAAACUCCGAUCGUAUUGUUAUACAUGAAACUGAAGAGUAUAACGACGUUGAAAUGACUGGUGCAAAUCAAGCUCGCCUCACAAAUAUGGAUCGAGCAGAUGAGUUCGAGGAUUUACCUAUGUUCGACGUGGGCAUGGACCUUCCCUUGGGCGAGCCACCUUCAAAUCAGCGCCACAAGGUAGAUGACAAGCCUAAUGACAUAGAUGCCGUCCCCCCCGGCCAAAGUGAGGCACAUAUGCCGUUAAAGAAACGGCGCCUUAGAAAUAUCGAGGCAGAUGACCUUCCAGAACUUAGAAACUCCGACUUAGCCCAGUGGAAUUCUGAUUAUGCCCACAACAUGGCAUGUGCUGUCAAAAUGAAAAAGAAUAAUAAGCUUGUAACAAUAGCAAAAAGGAAUGCCGCGUUUUGCGUCUUGGGAGUAGGGAUCGCUGCUGUUGGUCUAGGUCUCGGCGCUUCCUCCGUUCCCCAUCCACUCGACAUUUUCUCCGGGACCAGGCUUUUAAGUGCAUUAACGGGAAAGAAGAUUCAGGGUCUGCGCCGUAAACGCGACCGGAGUUCCGCCAACGGGAGCGAUACUGAUGAAUUCGAGAGGAAUGUGCGCCAAAAGACCAAAGAUGGCGAAGUGGGCCGUUGGGCAGGCAGUGAAAACGGAGAAAUUGUGCCAUUUGAUGACAUUGAGAUAGGUCGACAUGCACCCCCUUCGCUUCAAGAUGAUGCAUCUUUGCAAAUGCCAUGGAAUGUCACUGCUUCGGUCCACAGUUCCUUUCGAGGUUCAUCCAUCGCAGGUGGACAUUCUGGCGUCAACUCUGCGUUUCGUCCAGGAUCGGAUGCCCUGAUUUCCGGUUCAUUCGCUGGUCGAAGAGGUCGACUAACCAGUGCAAGUCCACUUGCGGGCCGUGGAGGGAUGCGGAAUGCUUUGCUAGGUCUUUCUCUUCAGGAAGAUGAGGAGCUGGGUAUGGAUAGCUUCGCCGGGGUAGACAUGGAGAGCGUUGUCGGCGACAUCACUCGAGAGCAAAAUAUAGGGAUGAGCUCCCCAGCAGCCGCCCGAGAAAAACAUGCGGAGCCUCAUUGGUUCUUAAGCAACCUGGAUCAACAAACAGUGAAUUUCCUCGAGUACGUUAAAAAUCGCAUUGCAGACAUAACCAAUGCAACAACCGAUGGAGAGCUUCAUCCGGAGAUUUCCUUUGAUUGUCUUCUCCUGCCGGCCUCGAGCAGUAGGAUUGUCGCAACCCAAGGUUUCUUGCAUGUUCUGAUUCUGGCGACCAAUGGGGCAUUGCGCGUCCGCCAAGAUGUUGAUAUGGGCACUGCAAGGGGAUGUGACGACGCUGGGGAGAUCAUUCUGUCCAUGCCCAGCUAA